AAAAUUCUUGAAGAAAUCUAUCCAGAUAAUGAAUGUAAAGGUAAUUCUGAAAAAGUUGAAAUUCUUAUUGAUGAAUCUAACAUGUUAAAAGAAAGUAUUACCCUCUCUCCAAUUAACAGUAAAAUUCUUUCUUCCUGUGAAAGUAAUGUAGAAGAUACAAUUAUUUAUAACUAUCCUAUUGAAUGUACUAAAGAUUUAAAUGGGUAUUAUAAAUAUAUUCAAGGUGAUGAUAAUGUAAUAAAUAGAACUGCGUAUUUAGAUAAUACAUGUACAUCCCUCUUUUAUUAUGCUCCUACAAUAAAAAGUUGUAAAUGUAUUUCUAUUGAUGGAAAUACUUUUGUUGAAUUAGUUACAUGUCCAUCUGAACUAACUUGUAAAGAAUUUCAAAUAAAGAAAGAUGGAGAAUGUCGUUGUAUUGAAAAUUAUAGAAAAUUAGAAGAUGGUUCAUGUGAAUAUCAAUGUUUUGGUAAAGGUAUUAAAGUAAAUAAACAAAAUAAUGGAUGUGAUUGUACUGAUGGAUAUACCGCAAAUGGACCUCAACAAUGUACGUUGGUUUGUAAUAACAACUUUGUUCCAAAUGAAGAAAAUGAUCAGUGCAUUUGUGAUUUAACAAAAGGAUAUACUUUAAUAGAAGGAAAGUGUAUUAAAACUGAAGAGAAAGAAACAAGUACAACAACAAUGUAUAUUAUAAUAAUCAUUAUUAUAUUAUUAAUUGUUAUAAUUAGUGUUAUUGCUUUCUUCUGGUUUACACGAAAACCACGUUCAUCCCAUUCACAAAAUAGAGAUAAUAGUAAUGAUGCUUUCUCGGUUGCCUUGACAGAUGAAUUAGAUUUAACACAACAAUCACGAAAUGCUUAA